AUGUCCGCCCCGGCCGACGAGAAGAAGGUCGACGCCGAGACGGCGCCCGACCCGGACCUCACCACCGAAACGCCCGCUGCUGAGCAGGCUGCCGGCGUCACCGACACUACCGCUCCUGAGAAGCCUGCCACUUCCACCACGCAUGAGGCUACGAAGCCCGAGGACACCGCCUCCACCGCCAUUGACGGUGAGGCUAGCAUAACGGACCAAGCCACGAACCCGGAGCUUCCUGCGAAAGAUGAGGCCCCGGCAAAGCCCAGUGAGGCGGCUACAGCCCCUCCUGCAAGUGAAGGCCCUGUUUGGCCUGACCUUACCGAGACUCACCCCAUCAGCGUCUUGUUGAAGGCGCUGCCAGAGCUCAUCACUGAGGCCGAUGGCCACGCAGAGGUCUUCGGUAUCGACCUCGACCCGGCCGGAACCUUUCACACCAAGCUCAUCCUGCAAAAGUUUUUGCGCGCCAAUGCCAAUGACACCACCAAGGCGAAGAACCAGCUUGGCGAAACCCUCAAGUGGCGGGGUACUUUCAAGCCUCUUGCUGCCCUUGAGGAGACCUUCACCAAGGACCGUUACGAGGGCUUGGGAUACGUCAUCGAGGCCGAGGGGGUUCCCGGAAGCCCAAACAAGAAGGAUGUCAUUACCUUCAACAUCUACGGCGCCGUGAAGGAUAACAAAGCUACUUUCGGCGACACUGAGGCGUUCUUGCGCUGGCGCGUCGCUCUCAUGGAGCUGGGCAUCAGGAAGCUCAACCUAGCUGGUGCCACGCAGCCAAUUCCUGACUACGGCGCCGGCCCGGACCCCUACCAGGGCAUCCAGGUCCAUGACUACCUCAGCGUCUCGUUCAUCCGCCAGGAUCCCAACGUCAAGGCAGCGUCGCGUCGCACAAUUGACCUGUUCUCCAAGGUCUACCCGGAGACUCUGAGCCGCAAGUUCUUUGUGAACGUGCCCGCCGUCAUGGGCUGGAUGUUCCAGGCCUUCAAGCUCAUCCUUCCCAAAGAGACUACCAGGAAGUUUACCGUUCUCUCUUACGGCAACCAGCUUGCCGGUGAGCUCGGCCCCAGCGUGCCCGAGGUCUACGGCGGCAAGGCUGGCGCCAUCGAGACCAUCGGUGAGCAGACCAAGUUCUAG